CCCGACCCCGACCCAGCAGACGACGCGCCGCGCGCCUGCGCACGGCUUCCCCAUGUGUUCUCCAGCCGUCAGCCGCCCCAGCUGAGCAGCAGCAACGGACCUUGCUUGUCACCGGCGCGGCAGCCUCCACCGCCUGCUGUUGCCCUCCUCUCUCGGUGGUCUGUCAGCACAGCGCACGUCGCCAUGGGUAAGAGCCGGACGAAGCGCUUCAAGCGACCUCAGUUCUCCCCUACGGGCGACUGUCAGGCCGAGGCGGCUGCGGCGGCGAAUGGGACCGGAGGCGAGGAGGACGACGGGCCAGCGGCGGAGCUGCUGGAAAAGCUCCAGCACCCGAGCGCCGAGGUCCGCGAGUGCGCCUGCGCGGGGCUGGCCCGGCUGGUGCAGCAGCUGCCGGCACUCGCGGGCCUGGCGCGCCGAGACGCCGUGCGCCGCCUCGGGCCGCUGCUGCUGGACCCCAGCCUGGCCGUCAGGGAGACUGCAGCCGGCGCGCUGAGAAAUCUUAGUGCUUGUGGAGGUUUUGAAGUUUGUGAUGACAUGGUGACUAAGGAUAUCAUGACCCCUCUGGUUGUGCUGCUAAAAGAGUGUAGUGCUGGACUGGAUUCAAAUGAGAUGUCCCUGCAGGAGAAAAAAGACCAGAACAGAAAUUCUAUUGAGAACAUAGCCAAUGAGGCUGUGAACGUGCUGUGGAAUAUAUGUGAAUGCAGUAGUAGAGCAGUGUCUAUAUUCAACAAAGAAGGGUGUUUGGAGAUUGUGUUAAAGUAUUUAAGUAGGUUUCCUACCAAUGUUGACCUGGCUAUUUCAGUAGCAUAUUGUUUGCAGACAGUGACUGAGGAUAACCCAGAGCUGCUGAAGUCUUUCAGUGCUACAGCAUUGAACGUGCUGGAAUCAGCACUGCUUUCUCCUGUCAGUUCCAUGGAAUCCCUUCUAUUGAAGACAUUGGUAGCAGGCACAAUUUGGAAUCUAAAGGACAUUAUUCCAUGCAAGAGUCAAGCAGAAAUCAUAAAUGCCUUACUGAAGAUCUUAUCUGAAGUUUUGGGAAUGGAUGCUGGUGAAACAGUUAUUCAAAUGAAAGAGACUGAAACGCAAAGGUUAAAAACUGCUGCAGAGGCUGAGGAAAUAUUAGAGAACACUAAUGGGGAUGAUUUGAUUGAAGAUGAUGAAAUGGAAGGAAUUUCUCAUAAGAGAAAAAUUAGAAGGAAAACUUUCGUUUCAGAUUUACUUCCACCCACUGACAAGGAGCUGAGAGAGACUAUAGCAUUACUGACAGCUCAACAGACUGCUCUGGAAAUUAUCGUCAACAUGUGCUGCAAUGAAGAUCCCUCUGAUGAUGAAUGGGAAGAACUUUCUAGCAGUGAUGAAAGUGAUGCAUUUAUGGAGAAUUCCUUCAGUGAGUGCGGGGGGCAGCUGUUCUCUCCCCUCUGCCUCUCCCAUGAGGUUCACACUGCUCUCACCAACUACCUCAUCCCAAAGAAGAUUUUUGAGAAAACUGCCUUUCCAAACAGCAUUGCAGUUGACCUAUGUUCUAGGAACCCUACUUGGAAACCUUUAAUUAGAAAAAUGAACACUAUUCAGUGCAGAGCCCUCUUCUGUCUCCAGAGUCUUGUGUCCCUCCUGGAUGUGGAGCACCUGGGAGGAGCCACAGCCCUUCAGACGCUUGCACAGCAUCUGUCACAGCUGCUUUUUUCCCAACCAGAUUUUGCUAAACAUGCUGACUUUCUAGAAGCCAUAAGUAGUGCUUUGAGGGCCCUUUUGCAAACAAUGACCUCCAAGAACAUUUCCCAGUGCAUGCCUCCUGAUCAGCUGAUGACAUUAUGCAAAGCAGGCAUUCAUAGUAGUAAUGUCGGGGUUAGAGUGAAUGUCGUUAGCAUUUUAGGAAUCACUGGCAGCGUCCUUGCCAAAGAAGAUGGUACACUUGAAACUCUUAAGAAUAUUGGGUGCUUUCUGCUUGAGGUUACCACCAAAGAUCCUUCCCUUGUGGUGGUAGCAGGAGAAGCUUUGGAUGCCCUCUUUGAUGUUUUUGCAGAUGGUAAAGAAGCCGAAAGAGCCUCGAUUCAAAUUAAAUUAUUAUCUGCUCUGAAAGAAUUCCAGCUGGUCUUUAAAAUGAAGAUACGUAAAGAAGGGAGAGGUAACUAUAGCACAGAUCAGCUGUGUGUUCUUGACAAUGUGAAAAUGAAUUUGAGAAGAUUUAUUGCUUAUCAAGAAACUGUUGAGAAAAGACUGACUUCUUAAUCCCAAAAAGAAACAGUUCCUCCCCCAAACUAUUCAAUGCUCAGAAUACUAAAAGGUUUUCUUUGAAUGUAUAUGUUUCUAAAGGUCAUCUGUUAAUGCUUACAUUCUGUAUAUUCUGUAAAAACUUCAAAACCUGGCCGGGCGUGGUGGCUCACGCCUGUAAUCCCAGCACUUUGGGAGGCCCAGGUGGG